AUGAGGAGGGAGAAUCAGAGCAGCGUGUCCAAGUUCCUCCUUCUGGGACUCCCCAUCCAUCCAGAGCAGCAGGGCUUGUUCUUUGCCCUCUUCCUGGGCAUGUACCUGACCACAGUGCUGGGGAACCUGCUCAUCAUCCUGCUCAUCAGGCUGGACCCUCGCCUCCACACCCCCAUGUACUUCUUCCUCAGCCACUUGGCCCUCACAGACAUCUCCUUUUCCUCUGUAACUGUCCCUAAGAUGCUGAUGAACAUGCAGACACAGGAUCAAUCCAUUCCCUAUGCAGGGUGUGUGACACAGACAUAUUUUUUCUUACAUUUUGCUUGCAUUGAUAAUCUUCUUCUUGCAGUGAUGGCCUAUGACAGGUAUGUGGCUGUUUGUCACCCUCUACACUAUGCAAUUUUCAUGAGAGAAGGGCUGUGUAUUUUUCUGUUGGCUGGAUCCUGGUUCCUCUCCUGUGUCAGUGCCCUGACCCACACCCUCCUCCUGGUUCAACUGUCCUUUUGUGCUGACAACAUCAUCCUCCACUUCUUCUGUGACCUUGUCCCUCUGCUUCAGUUGUCCUGCUCAGACACCUCUCUCAAUGAGCUGGUCAUAUUCACUACAGGGGCUGCAGUUGUCAUUUUUCCAUUGAGUGGCAUCCUGGUCUCUUAUAGCCACAUUGAGCUUUCUAUCCUGAGGGUCCCCUCUACUAAAGGAAUCUGCAAAGCCUUGUCCACCUGUGGCUCCCACCUCUCUGUGGUGUCUCUAUUCUAUGGAACAAUAAUGGCAGUGUACUUUUCCUCCUCAUCAGACCAGUCCCAUGACACAGACAUCAUUGCUUCCAUAAUGUACACAGUGGUCACCCCCAUGCUGAACCCUUUCAUCUACAGCCUGAGAAACAGAGACAUGAAACUGGCCCUGGGGAUUCUUUUCAGAAACCAUAUUUUUUUUCCAAUGAUAGCUUAUGACAGGUGUGUGACCCUUUGUCAGCCUCUCCACUGCAGCACCAUCAUGAAGCAGGAACUGUGUGUCUGCUUAGUAGCUGGGUCCUGGUUAGUCUGUUGUACCCACACCCUGCUGCAUACCCUCCACUUGGUCCAGCUGAUCUUCUUUGUGGAUAAUAUCAUCUCCCACUUCUGUGACCUCAUUUCCCUCUUGAAGUUAAGCUAUUAA